CCAGCUGCAGGCUUCUUUGUCCACGACCAUGUGUUUGAAGGUGGCUUUAGUGAUGACAUUGGUGACCGUGACACUGGCCUUCCCAUCAGAUCUUUACGGCCCUCCACGCCCAGUUUAUAAAGACCAACCCAUGCCAUACAGCUAUGCCUAUGCAGUCAACGACCACUAUACAGGCACUGACUUUGGCCACAACGAAGACUCUGACGGCAGAGCGGUCAAGGGAUCCUACAAUGUCCAGCUUCCAGAUGGCCGCAAACAGACGGUGAAUUACAUGGCAGACCACUACAAUGGCUACCAGGCCGACGUCAACUACCACGGCGAGGCCCAGUUCCCCCGUCAGUAUGGUCCCGCCGCCACCUACAGGCCGCAGCCAUACCAGCCCCAGCCUUCCUACAGACCUCAGCCUUCUUACCAUUAGAUAUUUUCUAAUCAUCUCAUUUUACACUUUUUCCUGUUAAUGUUUUGUCGUUGUAUGCAAAUAAAA